UGUAGGCCGCCGGGCAUCCCCCCUGGGCCCACGCCCUGGCCCGUGGUGGGCAACUUCGGUUUCGUGCUGCUGCCGGCCUUCCUCCGCGGAAGGAGCUGGAAGGAUCCCCCGACUAGGGGCGCGGGCACUGACCCCUCCCCCGCCAGCUCGCAGGUGAUACUGACCUACCUGGCCAAAGUCUAUGGCAACAUCUAUAGCUUUUUCCUGGGUCACUACCUGGUGGUUGUCCUCAACGAUUUCCACAGCGUGCGCGAGGCUCUGGUGCAGCAGGCCGAGGUCUUCAGCGACCGUCCGCGUUUGCCGCUUGUCAGCUUCAUAACCAAGGAGAAGGGGGUUGUAUUCGCACAUUACGGUCCAGUCUGGAGAAAACAGAGGAAGUUCUCUCAUUCAACUCUUCGUCAUUUUGGUUUAGGAAAGCUUAGCUUGGAGCCCAAGAUUAUUAAGGAGUUCAAAUAUGUGAAGGAGGAAAUGCAAAAGCAUGGAGAAAACCCCUUCAACCCUUUCCCCAUUAUCAGCAAUGCUGUCUCUAACAUCAUUUGCUCCAUGUGCUUUGGCCAGCGCUUUGAUUACACCAAUAGUGAGUUUAAGAAAAUGCUUAAUUUUAUGUCACGAGCGUUAGAACUCUCUCUGAACACCCAGCUCCAACUGGUCAACAUAUGCUCCUGGCUUUAUUAUCUUCCCUUUGGACCAUUUAAGGAAUUAAGACAAAUUGAAAACAGUAUUAUCAGUUUCCUUAGAAAAAUGAUCAAAGACCAUCAAAAGUCUCUGGAUGCUGAGAACCCUCAGGACUUCAUAGACAUGUACCUUCUCCAUGUGGAGGAAGAGAGGAAAAAUAAUAGCAACAGUAGUUUUGAUGAAGAUUACUUACUUUAUAUCAUCGGGGAUCUCUUCAUUGCUGGGACCGAUACCACAACUAACUCUUUGCUUUGGUGCCUUCUGUAUAUGUCACUGUACCCCGAUAUACAAGCAAAAGUUCACGAAGAAAUUGAAAGGGUCAUUGGUGCUGACCGAGCCCCUUCCCUCACCUAUAAGGCCCAGAUGCCCUACACGGAAGCCACCAUCAUGGAGGUACAGAGGCUGACUAUGGUAGUGCCACUUGGCAUUCCUCAUAUGACCUCAGCGAAAACAGUGCUCCAAGGGUACACUAUUCCUAAAGGCACACUGGUAUUAACCAACUUGUGGGCAGUGCACAGAGACCCAGCUAUUUGGGAGAAACCCGAAGAUUUCAACCCUAAUCGAUUUCUGGAUGAUCAAGGACAACUUAUUAAAAAAGAAACAUUUAUUCCUUUUGGGAUAGGGAAGCGGGUGUGUAUGGGAGAGCAGCUGGCGAAGAUGGAACUAUUCCUGAUGUUUGUGAGCCUGAUGCAGAGUUUCACAUUUGCUUUACCGAAGGAUGCUAAGAAGCCCAUUCUGACUGGAAGAUACGGUCUAACUUUAGCCCCCUAUCCAUUUAAUAUAAUCAUUUCGAAGAGAUAAAGAACAUCUCCAAAAGGAGAUGAACAGAAUGUAAAUACAUGUCUUUCUAAACACAUUCUUCAUUCUCAGUAGAUAAUGGAUCUAGGUUAGGCUCAGGUUCAAGACUAAAAAGGGUAGAACGUAUGGGAGCUUUCAUCUCGGGGAUUCCUCAGCAGGAUACUUCAGCCAUUUUAGUAAAGCUUGUCUGUGACUUAGAGGAUGGGACCAGAGUACUGGAUUGGGAAGCAGAUCUGGAUUUUAUUCCCAGUGACUUCCACCAGUGAGUGUUUCUUCUCAUCUCUCAGUGCCUUAAUCACUUCAUAUGGUUACAAAGCUUGCCUUCCAUCGGUCAGCACUAAGGAAGGUCAAAUGCCCCGUAUCUUUUCUGACAUCCCCAAAACCCUGUUAAAUUCUGGAGAACAAACAGGAAUAGAAGGAAGACCGACCUGUUUCAGACCUGUGCCAACAUGAAAGUGGUGCUCAGAUGUGAAUACUGUCAGAGAAGGAUGUGAGUUCAGGCUGAGUUAGAGCUUUUCUUACCACAGACCCUUAUGUUAGUUGAGGGGUGGUGGUUUUGUUCUUGUUAAUCUUUUUGUUUAUGAUUUUAGUUUUUAGUUUUCGUAGACAUGGAAGUGGACCCUCGUCCAGUAAUGUUGAGGAAAGGUUAUAGUCUGAAUUUAUAUGUCUACCUUCCAUUUCAACUACAUGCCAGGCCGCCUGGCUGAAGCGGCUUCAUGGAGUAUUCCUUUCUGCUGAGUUUACUCGUAAAGAUACAGAUCUACCUUUUGACUUGAGCCCUGAAUAGUGAGCUUGGGAAUUUUGCUACUGGGAUUCAAAUUGUACUGAAUUAUUUCCUGUUCUCCCUGCCACAAGGCCUAAUGUUAUCUUAUCCUUAAAUAUUCUCAAAGACAAGGAGGCAUUCUUAUUCUUAUGAAGAUCACUAAAUUGUUUCUUAAAAAGAAGGCCCCUCUAGAAGAGUAUUCUCAAGAAAGGUAAUGAUCUCUUUCAGGGGGUAUUUGGAAAUGUAUGGAUGCAGUUUGGGUUAUUACAACAAUGGGGGUGCUACUGGCCUUUUGCUGCCUUGAGGCCAGGAUGCUAAAUGUCUGAGCAAUUCUGUACAGGAAUUGUCCUGUCCAGUAUGCCAGUAGUGCUCCCAGUGAGAACGCAGUCCAAAGAAUGAUGAGACUUUUCCUUUAUUCACUCAUAAUACUCCUUCCUUAUAUAGAAGCAAUCAUGAUAAUAGUACAAACAACUCUAUUUUGGAGUCUUUCCUUCUGCUAGCACCAUAUUUAAUCCUUUAUUUGUAGGCAUAUAUAAUCAUUACAGAAAUUCUAUUAAGAGGAUGCCAUUUUGCAGCUGAUAAAGCUGAAGCUUAUAGAGACAUUUAGGCACCUAGUUAAAAUGUACCAUUGUUCAUUUCAAACUUACCAAUCUUUGUGCCUGGAGAGUUUUCUCUAAACCAUUUCUCUGUACUGCCACCACUUGAUCCCACAGCAGUCUACCCUCUGCAUUUUCAGUGUGGACAAAUGAAAUACAGGCUAAUCUUUAGGUGCCUUGAGGAUUUUUGUUCUGUUAAAAAAACAACUGAUAAACUAAAUGCCCAGGAACAGACUGUAUAUAAAUGGAGAGGCUGUUGUGUGGAUUUUAGAUGAGAUACAUGUGUGGAUUAAAGCGCACCUUGAGCAAGACAGUUUGUUCCUGAUCUGGAAUUUCACAGGCUUUUGAGUUGCACUAAUAACUUGGGAUUAGUAAGUCUAUUACUCCUUAAUUUUAUACAUGCUUAAUUUCAGCUUUCCUAACAAAACAUUUUGUAGCUUGAGAAAAAAAAACUGUUCUGAGACUAUGUUGAAAUCAGAUGUUAAUGAAACUCUUAAAUAUAAUGUCUCACACUGUAGCACUUUAAAAACAGCUUUAUAUGGUUAGUCACUGAAAGGGCUAUUAAUGCUUUCCUUGCACAUGUUGACAUUUUACAAUUUUAUACUUUAUGAUUUGUUUGAAAUGUAAAAAUUGUAGUACUUUGUUUUAUAAAUCUGCCUAAUAUCUAAUUUUGAGUCUUCAUCUUUAGCAUAACUUUUAUUAAACAUUUUAUUUUAACUUUGA